GGGGUAGGCAGUCCUACAGGAGUACCGAACAGCAUGGACUGCUAACACUGUCACAACUUUCUCACAUCGGUGGUAAAACUCCUCGGUGGCGGAGUAACAAGAAACUGCAUGGUMAAAACAACCCAAUGGAGACUAAGAUUUAGAGAGAAGAGCUUUUCAUAAAGAAUCAUGCYUGGUGUCCGCAGCGGGAAGAGGCUCUCUGAUGGGCUGAUGCUGGAGGAAUCAGAGAAAGGACAAUUGGUCGUUUCCAGUGUUGUCGAUGGCUCAUUGGCCAAUCAGGGGCUGAAAGAAGGAGAUGAAAUUGUGGGUGCCACAAUCAACUUUGACCAACUUUCGAAAGACGAUGUGUUGAAAAUCCUGAAGUUGAUGGAUGAUAAUGGAUUUGAUGAGAAGGUUCAAGUUCUGACUAAAAAUAAUUUGCACAAGAGUAUGGGGACCUUGGACAGCAUCAAAGCACCAGAGGAGAUGUUGAACGAUUCCUAUAACAGACUCAAUGCCAAAAUAAAGAAGUUCAUGAAGGAGGACAGCUCUGGACAACCUACAGCUUCUAGGGAAAGAGGCUCUCCUAACAGACAGGUACCGAGACCUCUCUGGGCCAAGCCUGAUGUUAGAGGAACAGACUCUACAGUGACUCUCGAUGCUCCUGGUGGAGAACUUUCGUUGCCUAAUGCCAACAUGAGUACAACGGAUUUCUCCCUAGCUCAAUUGAAUAGGUCUAUAGAGGCUGAUCCUGAUGUCAAUAUCUCCGAUUUACCUUCAGUAGACCUUAAAGGUUCCAAAAUAGAUCUAGAAUUGCCAAAUUCAGACAUUGGCAUCCCAUCUGGGAAGAUCAAAAAACCAAGUCUUGGUAUGGCUGACUUUGCUAUGUCUGGACCAAGAUUUAGGAAUCCAGACCUGGACCUYUCAGCGGAUGAGAUGUGUGUAUCAGACGUCAGUUUGCCUGACCUCAGUACUUCAGAUAUUGACAUACCCUCAGGUAAAUUCAAACUAACGAAACCACAUGCAGAACUCAAAGCUCCUGAUUUCGAUGUGGAUGCCCCCUCUGGUAAACUGAAGAUGCCCAAAUUUGAUGAUGAUGUAAAAGCACCAAAGCUAAUUCUCAAAGCUCCCAAGAUAAAAGGUGGACUUGAUGCACCUGACUUGGAUUUACCCAAAGUCGACCUGAAAUCACCUAAAUUAGAUGUAAACACCUCCAGGUAUUGACAUUGAUUCACCACAGAAAUUGAAAAUGCCCAAAUUGAAAAUGUCAACAUUUGGAA